UAUUGCUGCGGUGGAUACAACAUCAGGCUUGGCAACUGCGGCUGGCAAAACCGAAACAAGCAACCAGACACCCAAGAUACACAACAGCAAACACACACACACACACACACCACACACACAGCUGUGCCGUUGUGCAGGGUUGCCUGGCUGGCUUGAAGCUGCUGUGAACACGCAGCUGUCGACAAGAGGAAGAGCAGGCAGCAAAAGUACCGUAAGCUGGCGAUAGCGCGAGAGCGAGCGCGCAAACAGCACGCGCACAAACAGCUGAGCACAAGCACACACACACACACACACACAAACACACACACACACACACAAGCCAUGGCGGACGUUGCGAGGCCGCACCGGCCAAACAACGACCCUUACGUCGGUGACGACGAGGACCUGCAUUCAGAUGAGUACACUGGCGGAGGUGACAACGCUGGUUCAGGCGAAGAUCCGUACGCUGACGCCUAUGAUGAGGGCGAUGACUAUGACGAUGACGAAGACUUUGAUGAUGAUGAUCUGCCGCCAGACCACCCAGCGCUGCAGCGCGUGCAAGAGGCGCUGCGUAGGCAGCUGACAUCGCGCCUGCAAGAGGUCACCGAGGAGCUCCAGGAGAAGUCCCAGAAGCUCAAGACAAGCAAGACAGAGCGAGAGGAGGUUGGCGUUCAGCUGUACAGCGUGCAGCAGCAGUUGGCAAAGCUGCAGGCCGAGUUGGAGAAGACACAGGACGAAUGCAACCGUCUGCUGCAAGAUCGCGAGCAGGAGGAGAUGCUGCUCUCCCAGGUGAAAGCGAAGCAUGCAGAGCAUGAACAAGCCUUGAAAGAACAGAGCAAGGAGGGCGAUGCCAUUCAGCGCGAAUACGAUGAGCUCAGCCGCAAGGUGCUGCUGUUUGAGAAGCACGCUGAGGAGCUUGAGGCGAAGGUGAAGGGGGCCAAGCGAGCAGCGGGGAAGGCAACGAAGGAGCAGACCAAGAUGGAGGAGGAGAAACAGAAGCAGGACGAGUACGUCGACCGACUGCGCGAGCGCGUGAAGGACCUGGAGCGAGACAUCACGCUCGCACGCAAGCAGAUUGAGGCACAGAAGGAGGAGACGGAGGAGGCGCGCGGCAACCUCAGAGAAGCGCAGAUGGAGAUUGACGAGAUUGCGCUUCGGAAGCGGGAGGUGCAGCAGCUGUGGCAGCACAGCAUCACGGGUCUGGGCAAGCGGAACGAGGCCCUGAGCGCCAUGCAAAAGGCCGUACGGGAGCAGCAGCAGGAGGUGUUUGCUCGCCAGCGCGAACUCGAAGGUGUCGACCGAAACAUCAAGGCGGAGCAGGAGACAAACGAGGGGUUUUCGCUACAGCUUUCGCGACUGGAGACGGAGGUGCAGUCUGUCAACAAGAAGAUCGACGCCAUCGUUGCACAGCAGGACGAGGUGAAAGCGGAGUACAGCAUGGUGAACAAGGCGUUACAGGACACGGAGCGGCAGCUUGAGCGCGCACAGCAGGAUGCAAACAUCCGCGCAGGCGAAGUCCGCAUGGCCCGCGAUAAACAGGACAGACUUGCAAAGCAGAAGGUUGCGCUCGAGGAGGAGCUUGUGGCGUUGAUGCAGCAGAAGUUGACGGUGGACAACGCAAGCAAAGGCGCGGCCAAGUCCAUCAAGCAAGUCAGGGAUGCCAUCGAACAGCAGGAGAUGCUGUUGACGGACAUUGAGAAUGAGGCUGCGAAGAACGACGUGCGUGCGAGCGACUACGAGGCGCGCAUCGAGGCUCUCAACAAGGACAGGAAGGACCUGCAAGCACACGCACAGGAGCUUGACCAGCAGAUUCGGGAGUACGAAGCACAGAGCAAACAGCAAUUUGUGGCCAUUGAGCGAAAGCAGGCACAAAUCGACACCAUGAACAAGAAACUGGGAGCGCUGCGUGAGCGCCUUGCGGCAGAGGGCGCUGGCAAUGAGGACAUGUCCCCAGCCGAGAUCACCAUUGCAAACCUCAGGAAGGACAUUGUUUCCGUUUCAAAGGACAAUGGCGAACUCCAGGACAGGUGGCUGUCGAAGCAGAGCGAGCUUGUGUCGAUUGAGCGGCAGGCGGAGGACCAGCGCAACGCCAUUGACGCGCUGCGCACCAAGCGCAUUGUUCUGCAGGAGCAGCAGUUCCGGCUCGAGCAGGAACUCAACAGCCAGCAGAAGGAGAUCGCAACGCAGGAGAAGCAGUUCAAGGCGCUGCAGCAGGAGCUGGUGAAGCUCAACACGCUCAUUGCGCGCAACAGGGGGGUGCAGGAGGACCUCCAGUCCACAAAUGUGCUCAUGCAGAACGAGUUUACGCGGCAGCUCAAGGCGGAGGAGCGGGAGACGGUGCAGCUGCAGACGCAGAUUGAGGACCUGCACGGCGAGCGCGAGCGGCUGCUCAACGCCGUCAUUGAGGCCGAGCGACAGCUGCUCCUGUGGGAGAAGAAAAUCCAACUCGUCAAGGAGACAAAGGCGGAGAUCAAAUCAAACGAGGGGAAGGAAGAGCUUGACAGCAUGCGGUCUGAGAUCCAUCGCAUGAACCUGAAGCUGCAGUCGAUAUUGCGGGAGAAGGAGGAGCUGAUUACGGAGAUGGAGCGGUGCGUCGACCGCCGCGGAAACAUCGGUGCAAAGGCCCGCCUGCAGGCAAAGAAGGGCACAAACCACACACAGAGCAUCCGCAAGGAGGUGAUGGAUCUGAAGAAGCGGGUGAAGACGGCGCUGUCGGACAUUCGUCUGUGCGAAGAAGAGAUUGACCUCAAGCAGCAGCGGCAGGACGAGGUGCACCACGCGCUGCGGGAGCGGCAGGAGCGGUUCCGAGCGCUGCGCCAACACCUUGACGAGCUGGCGUCCAUGAAGCGGCAGAAGAUGCGGCAGCGCAUGCACAACCUGGAGGACGUUGUUGAUGCGCAGGCCGCGCUCAAGCACUACCAGGCCGUCACCAAGGGCAGCCUCAAGCUCCGCUUCAAGGAUGCGUCGAGCUACGAGCGCAGCAUCGACAAGCAGAUGACAACGCUGCAGCACCUCGGUGCCAUCAUCGACUACUUGGUGCGGGAGUACCCUGAUCUUGAAGAGUCGUUUGCAUCUGUGCGGGACACGCUGGGGUUCAAGCUGAGCAAGUUCCGGCGGGCAACAGCGGAUAUGAGGGGCGCUGACGGUGGGGAUGACGACAUUGAGGAGGAUGCCACUUCCAUGGCCGACACGACCAUCACCACCAGCGCUGGCAGCAGGCGAUCGAACCGUUGAUGAGUGGGCUGGGCAUGUGUGUGUGUGUGUGUGUGUGUG